CUGAGAGAGGAAGUUCGCGAGGAGGCCGCACGUUUCAUCCGAGCCGGAAGCGACGACGGCUUGCAGAAAACGGGUGUCCCAGGGCCGUGGCGGGUUUUAUGCAAACCCCGUCCUUUUUUCUUUUCCCAAGUGAUAUCCGAAGCAGCAGCAGCAGCAGCAACUUUGGUUUCAUAUUUUGUUUUACUUUCCUCGCGUCUCAUUCGGAUGCUUCGGCGCGUGUGUGUGUGUGCGUGUGCGCGUGUCUGCACGUUCGUCUCCGUCCCAGCGAAUACAGGUCAUCGUUAUUGCACCAUGAGGUGACCUACAAGAUUCAGCGCCAACCAUGAGUGUCCUCGAAGAGGCAUUCAAUGCCUCCAUGCUGCUCGUCAGCACCGAAGUGCCCGGCAGCGGUACCACGUUCGACGACGCUAUCUCCGGAAACGGAAGUGUCGCCAACGGAAGCACAAACGCAACCAACUACAGCGGUGUCACCACCGACGGCUACCCCGCCACACCUUACUCCCUAGCCGAGAUCGUGGUGCUCGCCUCUCUCUCCACUCUGGCCGCUGUCCUCACCAUCAUCGGCAACCUGAUGGUCAUGGUCUCGUUCAACAUGGACAAGCAGCUGCGGACCAUCAGCAACUACUUCCUGCUCAGCCUCGCCGUCGCCGACUUCUCUAUCGGGGUCAUCUCGAUGCCCCUCAUGACCAUGUACAUCCUGUACGCCUACUGGCCCAUAGGGGCAGUCGCGUGCGACACCUGGCUCGCCUUCGACUACAUGAACAGCAACGCGUCGGUGCUCAACCUGCUCGUCAUCUGCUUUGACCGGUACUUUUCGGUGACGCGGCCGCUGACGUACCGAGCCAACAGGACGCCACAGAAAGCAGCCAUCAUGAUAGCCUUAGCAUGGAUCAUAUCCUUCCUGCUGUGGCCGCCCUGGGUGUUCGCGUGGCCGUACAUAGAGGGCCAGCGUACCGUCCCAGAAGAGCACUGCUACAUCCAGUUUCUGGAGACCAAUGUCUACAUCACUUUCGGCACGGCCAUCGCCGCUUUCUACCUGCCCGUCUCGGUAAUGUGCGCGCUCUACUGGCGCAUAUGGCGAGAGACGGAGAAGCGCAAGAAGGGCUUGGGCAAACUUCAGGAAGACCGGAGGAAGGGCGGCAGUACGCGGAAGUCCACGUCGAGCAACGGUACCCUCGAUUCAGAGGACUUCCGCAGCAGCGACUCCUGCAAAUCGCGGACGAAGACGUCGCAACUGACCUCUUCGCUCAGCCUCACAACGUCGCUUCCCGAGGAGUCCAAGACACGCCAACUCCGCGAUUUCCUGAUGUCCUUACUCCGCGUCAAAAACGGCAAACGAUGCGACGACGACGCAAGUUAUUCAGGCUCGCCCGGUACCCAUACACCGCCCUCGGUCGAAACAUCGGUGGAGUCCGUUUCCACGUCGUUCCACGAGGAGCACCAGGUCGAGUUCAACCCGUCCGGGCGCGAUGGAGGCGGUGACGAUAGCGGUGUGUCAAGCAUUCCAACGUCCGACCGCGGCGGUCUUCCGUGCCACGGGAAGGCGGAGGACGCCACAGAUGUCCUGCCUGCGAUGUCGCAGUCGUCUGAUUCCGUCUACACGAUACCGAUCGAACCAGAGACGCAGCCAUCUCUACAAGAAGAGUCAUCCCAGGCCUGCGCCAAGACAAACGUCGAGGAGGACACCGAGAAGCCCGAGCCCGACAGAAUACAAUCUUCAGAGAACGCGGCGGCACCUGAGGGCUCAGCGACAGCCAAAGAGGUAGCAGACACCGGCGUGGAGUCCAUUAGGAAACCGCUCACGACCAGUGCGGUCCAACGUCAGCCGGCGGUCGCCAAACAGCUCCCCGUUACAAGCAGGAAGAAGGCGAAGCAGCAGGAUAAGAAGCAAGACCAGAAAGCUGCCAAGACGCUCAGCGCCAUCCUGCUGGCCUUCAUCAUCACUUGGACGCCGUACAACGUCCUGGUGCUCGUCAAGACCGUGACUUCCGGUGACGACGUGAUUCCAGUGCACCUGUGGAACUUUGCCUACUACUUCUGCUACAUCAACAGCACGGUGAACCCCUUGUGUUAUGCGCUCUGCAACGUCAACUUCCGUCAGACGUACAUUCGCAUUCUGACUUGCAAGUGGCGCAACAGGCGGCGAGUCGCUGCCCGCCUACACUUCAGCUGAACAGUGCUCAAACUCUCGUGCAACUCGACAGCAGACAAUAUGGUGGCUCGUCAUAUCAGACUGCACCUUAGUAUCUCUUGUGCCUGUGGAAGCUGCGACCUCAGCGUCAUUUUUCGGGCAUUACCACUACUACCACUCUGUGGACUUUCGAACAAAACUGACUUGCACUUUUAAGUCCGCAUUGGCCGAUGAACUUCUUGCGCCGUCAUCACUGCCGUGCUUCCAAGCACAAGAUAUCGUAAUGAACUGUGAGCCGAAGGCUGGUCCUGGAUGGCUUGGACGGAGAGCGAUGUUGUUCACCGGAGGGAGUCCUCAAACACCAUGAGCGACGAGUACAGUGUUUCGAGCAACCUAUGUGGUUAUGUGCCUGUUUUGUGUUGCUGUGAUAAGUGUGUAGUGUUUGCUUUAGCGCCUCCUGCACUUCUUCACAUUUUGUGACUCCUUGCUAGGAGGGCUUCUGCAGAGGAGUAUAUCAACAAGCCCCGCGACUGACAUUGUUUCCCCUGAGGCAGCGUCAUGUGAUCCGUAGAACUGUGUGUGUGUGUUGAAGAUAUGUUUGUCCCACGUGAUUUAUUGAACGACAGGCAGAUUGAUGCAGAGCAAAUGCGAUUAGUGCACUCUUGUGGAAAAAACAGUGCUGGCGAUCCAUAUUUCAGGAGGGACUGCCUGUGCACGUUUGCCUCCAUUUACGAAAGUUCUCGUACUCCCAAGUGAACGAACUUUACGCUUCUCGAAAACAAAGAAGACUGGAAGUACACUCUCGAAGAGUAUAAGAACUCUUUCAAAUGGGGCCUCAAUAUCGCACACGCAUUUUUUUUUAUUCACAACAGCAGUUCCCAUGACUCCAUUUCCUCAUACUGAACACGUGUGGAAAGCUACGACGAACGGAAGCGUUGACGCAACGAACAUCAUUUUAACUGGUUUUACGCGAGCUUCAAAAAUGUACACUGAGUGGAUGCUUCAAUAGCACCGAAUUCUAUGGCAUUUAAAUGUCUUUCUAAAGCCUUUACGAUGCACCAAGAUGGCACUGGGGAUUACUUUGUGCAUUGACAACUGUAGCUUCAAGUCAAGGGCGCGGCAAGAUUUCCUGGCAUCGGUGUGAUCCAGGAAUGCGAGUGUACCCAGUGAAGCAAAAAUUGGUUGUUAGAUGUGUUAUUUUUUUGACGUUCUCCGAGUGCGCGACAGAUGAGCACAGUCUCAGUUUACAUAAGGUCUUUGUGUAAGUAAGCCCAGUGUGUGUAGGUUUCUGUUUGUUUAUAUUUUCUGUUUUUUGCAGUACCGUUCACAACCGUUACUCAUACUCGUGAUUAGCUCAGCCUGGAUCGUUCGUGACUUGCGUCAAGCCUUGCGCUACUUAAUGCACUCUCGGGAGCAGAAUUAGUAGACCACGGCGUCAGCAAACAAUUUGUAUUUCAUCUCCCACAGGCUGUGUGCCAUCGAGUUGUCUGAAUGCAUUACACUGGUGCUAUUGACGUACGUACGCUGUGCUAUUUGAUUUCAGCCUUCAUGUCUAAGCUGCAAGGAAAAAUUUUUUUUACGGCUUCUAUGGUCUCCCUCCGUUUGGUCACGACUGAAUACAGGCAUGACGUCUAGGUUUGUACGGGGUGAUGAUUUUUUUAGGUUUUGCAGAAUUUUUUAAGAUUGCUUUUGCCAGAUGCAUGUUUGCCCUUGGACUGGAUUAUUCAAAGAGGCGGACAUUACUAGCACGGAAAAUCGAAACGCAUAUUCAAAUUAACGAAAAUGCAGUAAAUAACUUCCUAGCUAUUUACUUUACGGUACAUAUUGCAAUUUACGAAUUUUAGCUGCAGAGUUUUCAAGAUUUAUCCACCUGAAAUGAUGUUCCCGGAGGACACCAACUUCGAGAUACUGUUUCUUAAAGUGUGGCCCGAAAUAGAUGGGCUAUCCAGUUACAUGUGCUUCAUUGAAUAAAACACCGUUUUGUUAAAGAAAAAGUGGAACAGCGCAUUUUUACGACGAGUUUUAUGGUGCUUAUCUCUAAAUUGGUGUCACUCUGGAAAUUCAUUCCAAAUGGAUACUCCUCGCAAGCUCACCUGCUACAAUUCGUAAAUUACCAUAUGUGCCGCAAAGUAAUUAUUGACGAAGUUAAUUAGUAAAAUUGAUAAUACGUAAUUCGUUAAUAUGCGUUUCAAUUUCUCGUAAAAGUGAAGUUCGCCUUGUUGAAUAAUCCAGAUCAAAGACUAGAAUAGAGUUAUCUGCAACACUGUCUUUUUUUUUUCAAAUUCCGUAUAACUCAAAAAUUACCACACAUUAUAUAUACAUCGGUGUCCAUGCAUAAUACUCGUCUUUGUGACCUCAAGUUAGUGUGAUGAUGCAGUUUUCUAACCUGCCAGUGAGUGAGUGAGUGAGUGAGUGAGUGAGUGAGUGAGUGAGUGAGUGAGUGAGUGAGUGAGUGAGUGAGUGAGUGAGUGAGUGAGUGAGUGAGUGAGUGAGUGAGUGAGUGAGCGAGUGAGUGAGUGAGUGAGUGAGUGAGUGAGUGAGUGAGUGAGUGAGUGAGUGAGUGAGUGAGUGAGCGAGCGAGCGAAAACGACAGCUAUGGAGCGGUGCCGGCACUGCUCCGCCCAUGUACAUAUAUCGCAUUUGUGGGACCGAACGUCAUUUGUGAAGAUAACAAAUCUGCGUCUCCAAACAGUUGCAACAGUACCUAUGAGACGCACUAUACCCUUAUAGCUCAAAGCACGGUUUUCGAAGGGAGCACGGCGUUCCGAGACGAUGCCACUGGUGGACCUAUCGAACAGGCGUAGUUUGACCCGCAUCCUUGUGCAAAAUUGCCCGCUUGCAGGCUUUGCUUCUAAUGUCACAUAUAUCUAGACGCUCUGCUGUGACGAGCAAAUUCCGUAGGAAUGCUGAAUUCAUUUCGAUUGAGUCGUACCAAGCAGAAAGGAUGCGGGUAGCGUGGACGUCAGAGCCAGUUUUGUGAGCAUGUAGACUUCAAUGUUUUAAAGCGACAAGCUUUAGGUUGACACGACCUGUAUGCGAAGGCGCUGCCAGUUCUAUAUUGGCGGUGUACGCGUGCAGUUGGUGACAUUUGCAACGGGAAAGCUGGUAACAAGUUUCUCUGUUCAUGGAAAUAAAUCUUGUGACCCCAGUCACGUGUUUCUGUAACAACAA